AUGUUAAGGGGGUUGCAGCGCAUCGGUGCAGCGCUGUGUGUCAAGGCUGUGGUAGAGGUGUUUGGCAGCGCGCUGUGGAAGGGCUGUGGAAGAGAAUCACUACGUGCUCGGGAGACAUAUGGUCAAGGCAACGAAAACCCUGAGCAACCAGACAGUGAGGACGGCCAGAUUUUUGAUCUGAUAAAAAAAUUUCUGUCUCGUGAGAUCGAGGACCAAACUGACAACGACAAUCCCGAGGAGCCAGGCAAUGUCGACGGCGAGACAGCUCACACCGACCCGGCUCCACCGGCCUUAAGCAAGCGCGGAAAUUACUUUUCCGACUGCUCUGAGAUCCACACAGCCCAAACUCUGUAUCAUACCGUGUCUAGUGGUGUGCACAAAAUAUUGCCUGUAGGUCUGACCAGCCCGAUCUCUGUAUACUGUGAUCAGACCACAGACGGGGGAGGGUGGACGGUCAUACAGAGGAGGUUUGACGGGUCUAUCGACUUUAACCGACCUUAUGACGACUAUAGGUACGGGUUUGGGUCAUCCAAUGGGGAGCAGUGGUUGGGUUUGGAGAACAUGUACCGUUUGACCAAUCAGCACACGUAUACGUUGUACGUACAGUUGGAAGAUUGGAAUAGUGUGGUCAAGUACGCCAAGUAUUCGUCAUUCUCGGUGGGGAGUAGUUCCAACUAUCGCCUCUCUGUUGGUGGGUACAGUGGGACCGCUGGGGAUGGGUUCUACUUAUCGUCUUCAUCAUUAAAGUACUACCUAUCGGGUCAGGCCUUCAGUGCUAGGGAUGUAGACCGUGAUGCCUAUAGCGGGUCCUGUGCUGGUGAUCAGAGGAACAUUGCGGGAGGUUGGUGGUACAAUAGUUGUUGUGGGUCUGCCCUGAACGGCCCGUACCUCCGCCCCUCUGACCGUACCAGUCACAGUGGCAAUGGUAUCUAUUGGGCCCCCUUUGGAGGCUCCUAUUGGCCAUAUCUGAAAAAGUCCAAAAUGAUGGUCCGUCCUGCCAACUUCAAAACGUAAGUUGCCAGACACUAACCCAGCUGACAGGUCGAGGAUUCAAAUUGUUUGAUAAAAACUGUCACCCUGCACUCACUCUGUAUCCAUUUUCUUUAAAUAGUUGACAUCUUUAAACCAACAUAUUUGGUUAUUAAUAUCUCAGUAAAGAGGAAAUAUAAUAAACAAGAAAAACG